GCGAGGGAUGUUCUAAGUCUAACGUAAAGAGCGCAAGGGGCAGACAGACACCGGCUGCAGCCCAUCCGCCCCAUCCCAUCCAGCACAGCAGAGCACAUGAUUCUCUCCUCCUGCUCUUAAAACCAUCACUAGCAUCCUCUGGAAGAGAUGACAAGCCAUUAGAUGUGUGCUUUCAUAUCGACUGUGCUCAUCGGAUACACUCGCACAAAGAUAGCCUACUACAGCCCCGGGUGUUGACAUGGAGCUGGAGCAUUUCGACGAACGGGACAAAGCACAAAGAUACAGCCGUGCGGGUUCACGUGCGAACGGCCUCCCGAGCCCCACGCACAGCGCCCACUGCAGCCUAUACCGAACCCGGACCCUACAGGCUUUGAGCUCGGAAAAGAAAGCCAAGAGGGUCCGGUUCUACCGCAAUGGAGACCGGUACUUCAAAGGGAUUGUGUACGCUAUUUCCAAUGACAGAUUCCGCUCUUUCGAUGCUCUGCUCGCAGACCUCACCCGCUCCCUAUCAGAUAAUGUUAAUCUGCCUCAGGGCGUCCGGACCAUUUAUACCAUUGAUGGGUCGAAGAUUACCAGCAUGGACCAGCUGGUGGAAGGUGAGAGUUACGUAUGUGGAUCAAUUGAGCCUUACAAGAAUCUGGAAUACACAAAGAAUGUCAACCCCAACUGGUCAGUCAACGUCAAGACCGCUGCAUCGGCACGAGCGCCCACCUCUCUGGCAAGCGCCAAGGCUGUUUCAAUAGAAACCAAGGAUAACAAGGAUUUCAUCCGACCCAAACUGGUGACCAUAAUCCGCAGCGGGGUGAAGCCUCGGAAAGCCGUGCGUAUACUUCUCAACAAGAAGACGGCCCAUUCAUUUGAGCAGGUUCUCACGGAUAUCACAGAUGCCAUCAAACUGGACUCUGGAGUGGUCAAGAAGCUUUAUACGGUGGAUGGUAAACUGGUGGCAUGCCUUCAGGACUUCUUUGGUGAAGAUGAUAUAUUUAUUGCCUGUGGCCCAGAGAGGUUCCGCUACCAGGAUGACUUCUUGUUGGAUGAGAGUGAGUGCAGGGUGAUGAAAUCGCAGUCCUAUGGCCGUAUUUCUCCCAUGCAGGGCCGCUGCUCUCCCCGCAGCAGUGGACCUUCGAGAAGGAGCAAGUCCCCUGGUUCCAGCAGCUCAGUUAACGGUACAGCAGGUAGUCAGCUCUCGACCCCACGGUCAGGCAAAUCUCCCAGUCCAUCUCCCACCAGUCCAGCCAGUCUGAGAAGACGAAGGGGCUCUCAGCACAGUGGCUCCUCCCUCUCUCUGGCCUCCACCAAGGUGUGCAGCUCCAUGGACGAGGGCGAUGGGCCGGCCAGUGAAGCUGAGCUGAUUGAGGAUUGUCCUCAGGUUCCUGCCUCCAUAGCCGAAAGGUACAAGGUGGGACGGAUGAUCGGCGAUGGGAACUUUGCUGUGGUCCGUGAGUGUGUAGAGAGGUCCACAGGGCGAGCGUAUGCACUGAAGAUCAUUAACAAGAGCAAAUGCAGAGGGAAGGAACACAUGAUCCAGAAUGAGGUGUCCAUUCUCCGGAGAGUGAAGCAUCCUAAUAUUGUUCUGCUGAUUGAAGAAAUGGACACAUACAGUGAACUCUACCUGGUCAUGGAGCUGGUCAAGGGUGGCGACCUCUUUGAUGCCAUCACCUCCUCCAACAAAUACACAGAGCGGGACGCCAGCGGAAUGCUGUAUAACCUGGCCAGCGCUAUCAAAUAUCUGCACAGCCUUAACAUUGUUCACCGUGACAUCAAACCUGAGAAUCUUCUGGUCUAUGAGCACCAGGAUGGAAGCAAAUCCCUGAAACUGGGGGAUUUUGGCUUGGCAACAGUUGUGGACGGUCCGCUUUACACUAUAUGUGGCACACCAACCUAUGUAGCUCCAGAGAUUGUCGCAGAGACUGGGUAUGGAUUGAAAGUUGAUAUCUGGGCGGCCGGGGUCAUAACAUACAUAUUGCUUUGUGGAUUCCCUCCUUUCCGAGGUAGCACAGAUGAUCAGGACGCUCUUUUUGACCAGAUUAUGACGGGACAGCUGGAUUUCCCUCUUCCAUACUGGGAGAAUUUAUCUGACUCUGCAAAGGCACUUAUUACCUGCAUGCUACAGGUGGAGGUCGAACAGAGAUACACAGCUCUCCAGGUGCUAGACCAUCCCUGGGUCAAUGAUGACAGGAUGUGUGAGAAUCAGCACCAGUUGUCUGUGGCCGGCAAGAUUAAGAAACAUUUCAACAUGGGCCCCAAAUCCAACAACACCACAGCAGGAGUCACUAUCAUAACAACCACCCCUCUUGAUAAGGAAAGGCAGAUUUUCAGACGAAGACGCCACCAGGAUGUGAAAGCAGCUGCUUCCCGCAGCACCCAGAGCACCGUCUCCUCCAGCCCCGCCACCGGCCUGAGCUUCUCUCCAGCGGAGUUCACCUCCGAGUCAGAGGAUAUUUCCCCCAGCUCGGCCGACACGGUCCGCUCACCAACAUCUCCGUUUUAAACACACCCCUGUCUUGGCAGGAAUCAAUGGAAAAUGAUCUAGAAAUAAAAAGUAAAUCGACUUGUCUAUAGCAAAAGAUGAGAGUUGUUGAAAUUGAAUGUUUGUUACGUGGUGGAGCAGAUGUGAUUAACUAGCACUGGAUGGGUUGGUUUCCUCUGUUUAAUUCUGUGAGGGUAGCACACCUGAAUAGGUGUAAAAAUAAUCUCACUCUAACUCUAAACAUUUUGUUUUUCAUCCGAAAUUCUGAAUUAAGAAGCUCUUGUCAUUUUUUAAGUGUUUUCUCUUCAUAGCUAUGUUUGGUGCUAUAUGAGGUUUUGUUUGUAGACCAUCCUAGUCUUUUGCACCCUCGAGUGUUUGAUAUGAAGUAAUGCAGCCAAACCUCCCACUCUGUUUCUAGUUACGCACACAUGACUGUCUGUUUAAUACUUAUAAUAAACCUGCAAUGUCUUAACAUCUUUUCUUUUAGUGACAAAAUCUUUUACGUGAGUUUUUACCUUUUGUAUUAACUUUAUAUAUUUAAAAUAUUUUAGGUUUGUACAUUUAUUUCAAACUGAUAACUUAUAUUUGCAUAUUUCAGCAUUUUCUUUAUGAAACAUGUUUUCUGUCUGUUGUUAAGAAAUUAGAAUGUUCUUUCUAAAAUGUGUAAAAUGCCUGAAUAGUUGAAGCUCUUUUUGAUGUAUGUGGCUGUAGAAAUGCUUGUUUGAACUUAAAGGGUCAGUUCUUUCAAAAAUUAGCCCAUAAAUUACUCACCCUAAAGUCAUGCUAGGUGUAUAAGACUUUCUUUUUUCAGACGAAUCCAGUCAAAGUUAUAUUAAAAGUUGUCUUUGAUCUUUCAAGCUGUUUAAUGCAACUCAGCGGGUGUUGCAGUGCAUCAG